AUGUUCAUACUAGAAGCUCAUUACUUGUGGGAGACUGCAGAUCUUGUCAAAUUUAAUUUUCUCCUUCUUCGCAUUAUUACUGUUGCUACUUUAAAUUCUUUUCUUUUUCCUUCCUUUCCUUAUUCUUUUCUCACCUCACAUCCCUUUUUAUAUCUUCUUCUUCUUCUUCUUCACAUUAUUACUAUUAGUCUUGAUGCUUUUACUUAUUUUCUUCUUUUUUCCUUUCCUUUCUUUUCCUUUCUUUCUUUCUUUCUUUUUUUUCUCUUAGUUCAAUCCUAUUUAUAUCUUCCUCUUCUUCUCGACCUAAUUUUAUCCUUUAUAUUGCUGCAGUUGUUACCUUUUAAUUUCCAAUUUCCUAUCUACUUUCCGUUUCUACCUUUUAUUUAUAUUCUUUUUUUCUUUCCUCCAGAACCCCCACCCAACCCCCCGAAUUACUUUUCUUUUCUUUUUUUCUACUUCGUCUUUGCUUUCUUCUGCUUCUUCCUCCUCCUGUCCAACCAAGAGAACGCGAACAUAAAUCAUAAUUCAGAAAUUGAAACGAAGACCUGGGCGGAGUGA